GCCCCGGGGCGGGGCAAAGCUGAGAAACCUCACGGUCACCUCAGUCCCACGUAACCGUCGCCUUCGCCCUCCUCGUGGCCACUCGAGCAAUCUGCGCUCCCUUGAGGGCUGAGGUCUCCAGGCGCCGGCAGGAAGGCCCCUACAAACUUAAGACGCUUAGGUGUGGAGACGCGGCCGUCAGCUGACCGAACCUGCGGGAUCCAGGUGCUGGUGUCCCUGCCUGUGGUGGACGCAUUCUGACUCGGGCCCUUCCUCUCUCUGGAGACUGCCUAUGGCUGGGGACCGAGUGAGGUCGUUGCCUUGACGACGACAGCAUGCGGCCCACGGUCCUCGGAAGUGUGAGCUUGUGGAGGGCAGAAGCCAAUCUGCCUCCCUGCCUGCUUCACCUAGGACCCGUAACUGCGUCCGCAGAGGAAAUCCCAAUAUUAAAAUUGCUAGUUUGCUAGUCAGCAUCUUUUAGAUCUGCUAGCGAGAUGCAUACCACCUCCAGUUUGUUUCCAAGUUGAAAACCUUUGGCUCUUUCCAUGUGAAGGGUGUGGAAGAAAUACAAGAAAGAUUCCUACAGGUUUUAAAUUAAAAUGGAAAAAUAUGAGAACCUAGGAUUGGUUGGAGAAGGGAGUUAUGGAAUGGUGAUGAAGUGUAGGAACAAAGACAGUGGAAGAAUUGUGGCCAUUAAGAAGUUCUUAGAAAGUGACGAUGACAAAAUGGUUAAGAAAAUCGCCAUGCGAGAAAUCAAGUUGCUAAAGCAACUGAGGCAUGAAAAUUUGGUGAAUCUGUUGGAAGUCUGUAAGAAAAAAAAACGGUGGUAUCUGGUCUUUGAAUUUGUUGACCACACGAUUCUUGAUGACUUGAAACUAUUUCCAAAUGGAUUAGAGUAUCAAGUAGUUCAAAAAUAUUUGUUUCAGAUUAUUAAUGGAAUUGGAUUUUGCCACAGUCACAAUAUCAUACACAGAGAUAUAAAGCCCGAGAAUAUAUUAGUCUCUCAGUCUGGCGUUGUAAAAUUAUGUGACUUUGGAUUUGCAAGGACAUUGGCAGCUCCUGGGGAGGUUUACACUGACUACGUGGCCACUCGAUGGUACCGCGCUCCAGAACUGCUGGUCGGUGAUGUCAAGUACGGCAAGGCUGUUGAUAUCUGGGCCAUUGGUUGUCUGGUCAUUGAAAUGCUCAUGGGGCAACCCUUAUUUCCAGGAGAAUCUGAUAUUGAUCAGCUUCAUCAUAUUAUGACAUGUUUAGGUAAUUUAAUUCCAAGACACCAGGAGCUAUUUUAUAAAAAUCCUGUGUUUGCUGGAGUAAGAUUGCCUGAGAUCAAAGAUACAGAAACAGAACCCCUUGAGAGCCGCUACCCUAAGCUCCCUGAAGUUGUGAUAAAUUUAGCAAAGAAUUGUUUGCAUGUUGACCCAGACAAAAGGCCCUUCUGUGCUGACCUUCUACACCAUGAUUUCUUUCAACUGGAUGGAUUUGCUGAGAGGUUUUCUCAAGAAUUGCAGUUAAAAAUAGAGAAAGAUGCCAGAAAUAAUUCUUUACCUAAAAAAUCUCAAAACCGAAAGAAAGAAAAGGACGAUACCUUAGUUGAAGAAAGAAAAACACUUGUGGUACAGGAUACCAAUGCUGAUCCCAAAAUUAAGGAUUCUAAAGUGUUUAAAAUAAAAGGGUCAAAAAUUGAUGGUGAGAAAGCUGAAAAAGGAAAACCUUCAAAUACCAGCUGUCUCCAUGACAACGGGGCAAGCCACAUCAAAGGCUUGGCUUCCACAAGCCUCAGAGAUUGCAGCAAUGUCAACGUUGAUCACUCAAGGAACGCAGGCAUGGCAAUUCCUCCACUUACACACAACCUUUCUGCAGUUACUCCUGGCAUUAAUGCUGGGAUGGGGACUAUUCCUGGAGUUCAGAGUUACAGAGUGGAUGAGAAAACUAAGAAAUACUGUAAUCCAUUUGUUAAACCAAAUCAACCUUCUGCAUCAGGGAUUUAUAACGUGAAUGUGAGCACAUCUGUCUCUAAUGAAAAGUACCUCCUUCAGGCUAAUAAGAAAAGGAAGGAAUAUUCCAAAGUAGAUGUGCGAUUGCCCGAACUAAACUACAACCAUCUCCCUGAGCUGAGAGCUUUAGAAGGCAUAGCUCGAAAUUCUAGGCUAAUAAAGAAAGAGAACAAAUCUCUUUCAGAAUCUCGAAUUCCCUCUCUGGCUGCUAUUGACCUGCAUGCAUCCAAUCUGGCAUUACACCAGGGAUCAGGAUCACCCAUGUCAGAUGACUCUGAGGGCGAUUUGCCUCGGAUGGAACACCAGCACUGAGACUCAUUUUAGUCCUGAAUGGGAUGCUGCCAGCACUCGAGAUGAUGUCCUCUUGCACCCAGAGCCCAGAUGCCCUAGAAGAGACAUGUGGUUUCACUGUUUCCUUCUGGACUAUCUGCAUUUCCUAAGACAGGCUUUGCAGAAGAAGGCAAGACAGACUUCCAAAUACUUCAAAGGAAGGUUGAAGAAGUGGCCCCCUGCUGUUAUCCCUUCACCUUUCCAACCUGUUGAUACUAUUUGACAUAUAUCCAUGGAAGAAUAGUGAUAUGGUUCUUGUUACAUGAAUGUGUAUUAGUAGAUUGUGUAUUUAAACUUAUCUGAAAUUAAAAGUUUAAAAAGGAGAGAAUCAUUAUAAAAGGUCAUGUUUUAUGCAUUGAACUUUGUGCAUUAUCUACAUAUAUUUAUACUUGAAAAAAUGAAAAAAGCUAGGAUCUGUAAGAGAAAAGUUUCCUUUACCUUAACUAUAAGAAUACAUUGAAAAGCUUGCUUUCUAGGCAGUAAGGUAAUGUGCGAUUGCUGUCUGUGGUUAGUUGUGUCUUGUUUUCUGUCAUAAUUGCUGACAAUCUGGUCUCUACUAAUCUAAGAACUGUGCUGUGCAAAUCUGGCAGAGAAUCCUUCUGUUACUAAUGCCCUGGUGUUGGAUACUCUUCUGUGUUGAGAGACUCCAUGUUCUGCCUGAGAGGACAGGAUUGAGUGGUGCGGAGGAGAGUUUUGCAGAUACUCUUUUGAGUUAGGAACUGAGCUUCUCCCUGAGGAAAAAGAUAUAGAAAUAAGAGAUGGGGCUCAGAGCUGCAGAAGUCUGGCUAGUUCUCCUAGCUAGCCCAGUCACUUACCUGAGGAGGCUUUUGGAGGGUUUCACGGAGUGGAACCAGUCUUGUCUGUGAUAGUUUGAGGUUGAUAGUGCACUGAGCCCACAGAGAUUCCUGUUGCCUUCUUACCUCGAAUUCUUAGGCUCUCCCAAAAGCCUUUUAAUAAGGUGCAAAGUCAUUUCCCCGAAUCGGACACAUGCUGUCUGAUGUACAGGCUUACAGCCAAUUUUAGGUGAGAGAAUUAGACCAUUUUGGCUGCAGGGUCUUGGUUUCUGGCUACCCGUUUGCCAUUUGAGAGAAUACUUGUUCAAGGUCAAGAAUUUAUGUAGAGUUUUUGCAUUAACCAACUAAUGGCUUCCUCCCCUCCCCCCAAAGCCAUUGACUAGAAUUUAGCCUAAUGAGAAUUCUUCAUUACCCUGGGGGACUUAAUGAAAUCCUAAACUUGGAUAGUUGGGACCUCAGAGGAGUAGACAUUCAGGAGUAGACAAAAUAAAGGGUUCCAACAUAAAAGUCUGUUGGCAGUAGUUACAAUAAAAGUUGAUUUUUAUUUAAAAGCUGUAUUUUAAACCUCUGAUCAAGGGUUUGCCUAGAUUAGUAAGACUAACAUCCUAAUAAAAUCACUAUAUCAGUAGUAAUGGAGUUUUUACUAAAAUACCACUAUUUAUUGUUAUGUCAAAAAAUAUUGCCAACAAACAGCAGCAUGGUAAGGAGACAGCACGUAAAGGUGACUGGCUUCCAGCUAAUUUCAGUGCUGUUUUCAUGUAAAGGCCAAUGUGAAACAUCAGCUUGAUGACUGAGGGUCUGGGUUAGCUAACUUAUAAUUCAUAUACUUGAGUUUGGGAUCUUUGGCCUAUUAAGACAUUUUAUGAACUUUAGAAAUAAGAAAUUAAAAAUCACUUAAGUCCUUAUUGAUAUUUGAAGAUCAUAUUUUGUUAAAGCUUUGGUGUGGAACUGAAGAACUAAAGGUUGUUCAGAUCAAGUCUAUAGGUAUUGAACCAAAAUCUUUUUUCAGCUUGUGGGUGUUUAGUCUCUUCUUACAAGGAUGUGAUGUAUGUGAAUAUGAUAAUGUGAAAUUAUUUUAUGUACUUUUUGGAGACAAUGGGCUUGCUGUGCCUACCUGUGUUUUAAAAAUUAAUAAAUAUUAUCUAGCUAAUCAUGAUAGAUGGUUUUAAUUUAUAUGAAGAGAUUAUAAAUAAUAUACAUACCACUAUAUGGUAUUAAUAAAUAAAAUUGAAAGAAUCAGUUAAUUCUUUUCCUUUUUCUUUUUGUAGAAAUUCUGGACAUAGGUCUGGCAAGUUAACUGUUUUAUUUGUUUGUUGAGACAGGGUUUCUUUCUAUAGCCUUGGCUGUCCUGGACUCACUUUGUAGACUAGGCUGUCCUUGAACUCACAGAGAUCCUCCUGCCUCUGCCUCCCAAAGUGCUGAGAUUACAGGCAUGCACCACUGUGCCUGGAUGCAAGUUAAUUUUUUUAUAUAGCUGUUUACAUAUGUAGGCAGUAUGUGACAAACUAACACUCGGAAACCAUUGUCUGGCGAAAGUGUGAGAGGCCCAGGCCCAGGCCCAGGCCCGCUCUGCUGGGAGGGAACCCUUGUGCGUGUUUGGAAUGUCAGGCUUGCCACCGAAACAGGAGCACAGAAACAUGCUUUCUAAGACGAUUUUCAUCUUAAAAAAUCUUAGUACUACUUAUGGCUGGAUCUGUAUUUGAUGAAAAAUGUGGUCGAAUUGCUUUUAAGGCCUCCUCAUGCAACCAAACCACAGGCGGGGAAGUAGAGACCACCGGAGCAGGAGUUAACGGCUUUAGGCUUACCUAGUGAGUUGAACUAACUGUAGCUUUUUCUCUAUUGUUUCUUGUUGAGUGCGUUUGUGUCAGAAAGGAGCCCUUAGCUCUUCUGUUUGUAUAAAACGUUAUGUUCCCAUAAUUAUUUCUAAUUGAUAUUACUUAGUUUCAACCAUGAAAUAACUUGAGAAUGUAAUUAACUAGCAGUGUAACUCUCAGCAGUAACGUGAAUAACACCUGAUAUGCUACUCACUGCAAAGUUUUUUAAAACAAAAAAUAACAUUUUACUUGUUUUUCAUGAAAAUUUGUCUCCCCCCAUUUUGGAGCCAUCUCUAAUAUUUUUUUCAAGACAGUGUUUCUUUGUGUGUAGCCGUGGCUGUCUUGGACUUGUUUUGUAGAUCAGUCUGGCCUUGAACUGCCUGCCUCUGCCUCCCAAAUGCUGAGAUUAAAGUCAUGUGCCACUACCACCCAGCAAAUUCUUUUAUUAUUUACUUUGGCAUACAGGGUCACUUCUUGUAGAAGUGAGAAAGGUUCCAAUUUAAUUCUGGGAAAGCUGUGUCAGUUAACAUAAGAUAGAACCAGGGGAAUGAAAACAUUGUAUCUCAAGUCCCCACAUUUUUCCUGUCUCUAGACUAGGGUGAGAUCUCUAAUCAGAGGAUAAGAAUAUUGUAGUGUCACUGCCUUGCUGAUUUUUUUUUUGUCCCUCAACAUUAGAAAUCAUAGCAUAUUAAUGUGUUUCUCUACUAGAGUUGCAUUAGAAUAGCAACUGAAAGCAGAAAUAUCAUUCAUAUUUUGUAUGUAAAUAGGUUUAGACAGUUUAUAGAGUUUACUUGAUGGUAAGCUAAUUGGUGUUUGUGACAUAAAUUAUGGUUGUUACAGUAACUUUUAUUUGCCUGCUAACCUGGGUUUAGUCCUGGAAGCUUCUAGCCUCCGUACAGUCUAAUCUAGGCCUACAAUGUUUUCAGUUUCUGAGACUUACUGCUGAACAAACUCACCCCCCCCCCCCCUUUUUUUUUCUUUCUGAACUCUGACUGGUUGGUCCAACUCAGCUGUUUUGGAUCAGACUCUUCUCCUAGCUGACUGAUACAAUGUGACUUCUCUCUCAGCCUCUGACUUAAUUGUUCUGCUUGGCCUCAUACUCACUUUGGCAAUCUGUUCUAAUCUUCUGGCUCCUUCUCAUUCUCUGGCCCAUUCUAUCUUCACCUGUAUCUAGCUUGCUCUCUUUUCAACCUGUCUCUGUAAAACUCUCCUAGUAAAAACUGCCUCUGGAUUCCAUGAGCUGAACAGCCAUGAACUCAACUCCAUUGCACUGCCUCUCAACUCCGUCUUUCAAGCAAACUGCCUAAACAGAACUCAGAGAUCUGCUUGCCUCUGUCUCCUGGGAUUAAAGGUGUGUCUGUAUUUCAGCUGUGUCGCUGAAUUAAAAUUCCUCUA